UGGCUUGUCAGCUGCGUGGGGCGCGCGCACAGGCAUCUCGUCUCAGGUGAGAGAAAAGCGGGUCAGUGUAAUGUCAGUUGCGUUAGCUUCGCGUUCACAGCCACAGCUCGGUCCGCGGUGUACGGGGAAGAAGAACCGGAGGCCGGUGUUGCUGUUUAGUGGAGGCUAUCAGUCACGGGUCCGUGUGAACGGUCGCCCUUUGUGACUCGCUAAACCCGAAGGAAGCGAUGAGUUGGGCUGAGGAGGACUGGACGGUGGGGCUGUCUGGACGGGUUCUGCAAAAGGUGAAGGAGCUGCAGGUCCAUCAGGAGCGACUGUCCAGGGAGAACAAGCAGAAACAGCUGCAGCUCGACAACAUCCACACGAGCCUCGAAAAACAGACUGCAAAGUAUGAGGAGAUCCGUGGCGAGCUCCAGUAUCAGCAGAGAGAGCUCCGGGAUGUUCGCCAGGAGGCCAAGGCAGCAGUGACCAGCAACGAGCGCCUCACCCAGGACCUUCAGACUAAGCAGGCCCAAGUGUGCUCCCUGGAGGGCCAGGUCGCAGCUACUCGCACCCUCAACAACAAACUAACGCUCGAAAUCAAAAGGCUGGAGGCAGAGCUCGAGAAUCUGCAGAACAGCAGCAGAUCAGCAGAUACUACCCCGUUUUCCACACCCGGCUGGAACACAACAUUGCCGUGGGAACACAAUGGAAGUAGAAUGGAGGAGAGGCCUGGAGGUAGACAUGAAGGACCGAGUCGGGGACUUCAUAUUCGACGGCUCCCGUUCUCCAAAGACGGCCCAAACUCCUUACCACGACCACAACACAAGAGCACACCCCAACGGCAUUCGUCUGACCAAUCAGAGAGCUUCUCCACUCCCUCGGCUAUGUUUCCGUGGGAACAGGAAAACUCAAGGGCAGCGGCCAGGAGACCGCCCCCGAGCUCUCCCCAGACACCCUGCACGGAUGUCAUCAGUCAGGAUCAGUUGGAGAAGAGGGUUUGUGAGAAUGAGAAGGAUCACAAGACGCCGACAGACACAUCUCGAACGGAUGCAUGGAGUCGUGUGACUGCUCUGGAGGCGGAGCUGAGUGCAAAGGCCGGAGCGCUCAAGUCUAUCCAGAGCGAAAUGUUGCAAAGCAAAAAGGAGCUCGGGGCCAGAGAGCUCGGCCUUCAGAAAGCCCGCGAUGAGCUCAGCAAGGCACACGCGCGCAUGGCCCAGGAGAGUGAGCGGGCGUCCGGAGCAGAGCAAAAGCUGAAGCACCUCCUGGAGGAGCUGAAGUGUCAGAGGCAAAACACAGAGAGCAGCCGUCUGCAACACCAACAACGCUCGAAGGAGCUGGAGAAACAACACCAGAGGGAUGUGAUAGAGCUUCAAAGGGAGAGGCAGUGUCUAGAGAAGCAGCAUCAACAGGAGGUGAAUAAGCUCAACGUGGAGCUCCAGCAGGCCAGGACGCUGCACAACACGCUGCAGGCUCUAACUGACAAGCUGUCUCUACAGAAGCAGGAGUUGAACAAAGAGGUGGACACUCUGAAAGAGAAACUGAAGUGGACCGAGGGACAGCUGCAGGAGAGCCAGAAGAAAGAGGCACAGACUCAAGCCAAGCUGACGGAAGCUCUGCGGGAGGCAAAGGGUGUGGCAGUGACUCUGGAGCUGAGCAGGAAGAGAGAGCGAGUUCUGGAGGAGGAGGGGAGGACACUGGCCGAGGAGCGAGUCGACGCCCUCCGUCUCCUCAAAGAACUGCAGGAGCAAAAAGCUCUCCCAGCAACGCCUCUACAGCCUGUCCAGUUUUGCCCUAUCGGGCAAAGUUUCUCUCCUCAACCUUCUUACUCUCCUGCUUCUCAACCUUCACCUCACAUCAAGAGGUCCAGUGUCACCGCACCAGGCGAGCAGAAGAGCGAGGAGGACGUGGACAAGAGGAGGGCAGAGAUGGCAGCAUCUUACCCAUCUGACAGAGAGCCAGGAGAAGGCAUCGAUUCCGAACACAUCACUGACCGCAUCGCCCCAGAAUCUCAGUCUUUGCAAAGGGGAGGACACGGAAGAAACGAGGUGGUGAAUAGAAGUGGAAAUGAGGGGAUAGAGAGGGACAGUUCUGGGACAAACAAGCACUCCACAUUUGAUCAAGUGCUCUCCGCUUCCUCUCAUUCUGCUGCCAGCGCGCCAACCAACAGGUCUGUGGUCUGUGAUCGUUGCGAGGCCUCUGAUGACCUCAAGAGGGAGAAUGCCACACUGCGCUCUGAGCUACAUGAUUCACGCGAAGAACUGCAGAAACGGCUCCAGGACCUGGAAGCCCAACGACGGGCCGAGACCGAAGCCAGGACCCGGCUGAAACAACUGGGUCGCAAAUGUUCCAGCGUGGCUGUUGAGAAGACCGAGCAAGACAAGGAAUGGAGAGCACAGCUGGAGACGGAGAGGGCAGAGACGGAGAAGUUGAGGAAGGCCAUGGCUGCUUUGCAGACGGAGAUGAUGAGAGGACAAGAGGAAAGGGACAAGAGGGACAGAGAGGAGCAAAACAAUGCAAUAGAAAACCGGGAGAGUGAAAUGAUAGAACUUAAUAUCCAGAUGAAGCAGCAGCUAGCGGAGGUGAAAGCCCAGCUGGCCUUAGAAAAAGAAGAGCGAAAGAGAGAGGAAGAGGAGAGGAACCAAGUAACAACCGCGGACAUCAACGUAAAGAAAGAGCUGAGAACGAAACUGGAAGAUCUUCAAGCCGAGUUGAAAGAACUGAAAAGCCGCAGAGAAGAAUACUCACUGGGAGAGGAGAAAUUCUCAUUUGCCGACAGCCCGCUGACUUACUUGGACCUCCGCAGCGACGAGCUCAACUCAAACGUUGUUCGCUGCGACAACGAGCUCCUCCCCUCCCCAGAGCGGCACGUCCUCUUCUGCCAGUCCACCAACCAACGCAACAUGCUUGUUUCUCAGGCCACAGCAGACCUGGUCCAGGAGAUGGAUCCUGAGCUCUCCUCUCCGUUAGACGACAAGCAGACCGGUGUGAUUACCUGUGACAGACAGAACUAUGCGGGAGGGUCUCCCCUUUCUCACCCCCAAAAGGUUGCGCCUGCCUCCGCAGACUUGACCCAAGAGGUGGUGCGGCUGCAGAAGGAGAAGACCAAGGAGGCCGAACGUGCUCACCAGUACCAGGAGAAGCUGGAGGGCCUGCAGAGCCAGGUGACACGUCAGACAAAGCAGCUAACCAUGGCCUUUGAGAAGCAGAGUCAGCACAUCUCUGGUCUUCUAGUUGAGCUACAAGAGAAGGAGAGUACGCUCCUCGUCCAGGGGGAGGAACUGCAGCGCUACAAGCAAGAGCUGGCUGCAUUCAAGGCCAAUAAAGAGGCGGAGGAGAGGAAAAGAGAGGAAAUUAUGAUUAAGGAGGUGGAGGAUGGAGAACAAAAAAAAGUGACACAACAUGAGAUAACUGUGGAUAUCUCAGGGCUUCAGUCGAACCAGGAAAAAGAGUUUCCUGUCACAGUCCUCACUACAAGCUCACUAGAAGACAGCGGCUAUGAUGCACAAAGAGAUCAACUGGAGAUUGGGAUAGCUAACGCCGACAGGCCAAAGCCUUCAAGUAGCCAAUCAGACGAGAAACGGCGUCCAGCCUCUCGGGACAGGACUCUGAGCAGCCAGAGCUCCGCUGAGGAUGCAGCCUCAGCAGACAUGGACGCAGAACUGCUCGCCCUCCGUCAGGAGAUUCGGCUGCUGAAACGAUUGGUGGCGGGCGUGGCCCCCUCAGACCCCGGGACCCCGGCGUCGCACACAGACAGUGGGAAACAAGAAGACGCGGUCGAGCAGAGCCACAACACAGGAAGUGCUGCUCUGUCCUGCUCUGCGGGGCCAAGUUCACAGAGUGUGCCGGAUAAUAUCGGCACUGACGCACGUCGGCCGCGGCCUCAGGAUGUGGAGAGCAUGAAAGAUGAAGGAGAUUUGAGAAUAGAAAAUUGGAGGACUACAAAGGCAGAAGAGCUGGAGGCGGUGCCUGAGCUUCAGAUCAAGCGCUUACAGCAGCAGGUGAAGGAGCUGCAGAGGAGCUUACGGUCUCUCUCUGCAGAGACCGAGCAGCAGGCCGAGGAGCUCGUCAGGUGGAGACUGUCGGCCCAACCGGCCCCAACGUUCGACCAGUCGCUUCCCAACGCAGACAACCGGGGUGAGACCCAGGACCAGAUCCCCGCUGCCACACAGUCCCAGUGGGACCAGACGAGCCGGGCUCAGACCGCUGAGCAGAGCUCUGGUAUUGUGUCGUUGGUCAGAGAGGAUGAGUUGUUCCUCUCCUGCUCUUCCAGCACCCUGCAGGGCCGCUUGUUGUUCUCCAGACUUCAGAACAGCAAACUCCCCGAACAAAAGACUCUCAAUCCCUCUGAAAAGACUGUGGCGCUUCAGGAAUGUGAUCAGAUUUUCCAGGAAUCUGAAAAAGAAAACUAUGAGAUCUCCCCCUCGCAUCCGUUGAAUAACUUUCAAACACAACUCAAAGAGAAGAGAGACACGGAAGUUAUCCAAAUGUUAUCUGAGAAAGCCGGUCAACGACAUGCCACCAAAGACUCAAGGCCAAAGCAGACCAAAUCAGCCGAGCGUUCCGCAGGGAAUUCUGAGUCCACAUCGAACGCCUCCAGACCCCCCGAUGAUCAGAAAUCAACAGCAGAUUCCUCGGAGAAAGACGUCCGGACGGAAAUGCGAAGCGUCGGCAGUCAAACGGAGGAGAGUUUGUCUCCCCGCCGUGCUCCAGCAACCUCUGACCUCCGCUGUGCCUACACACAGACUGAGGAGGAAGAGCAAGAAGAGCUAGUGGACCCCCCUCCGGUCUCCUCCGCCGUCGUAUCAUCGGAGGGGGCGGAGCUACGAGACAGUGUGUUUUUGGGCUCCUUCCCCAUUCCGGCUGAUCCGGCCCGUCUGGCGGAAAGAAUCCGUCGCAACAGAACGCAGCUGUCAGCCGCCUUUGACGACACGGAGUAUGAACCUUAUGGCCUGCCGGAGGUUGUCAUGAAAGGAUUUGCUGAUAUCCCCAGUGGGCCCUCGUGUCCCUACAUUGUAAGAAGAGGCUUGUUGGGGACGACCGUCGUACCAGUGGCUCCGAAAGACCAGAGACAUGAGGAGGAGACGGAUUAAAGUAUAGCAGCAGAUCUGCUGGAAAGACCCAAUCGCUGCGGCGUGACAAAGAACCUCGCUGAUGGACGGCCGCGGCUUCACAGCGACUUGAGCCUUUGAGCUUUAAACAAACCGCACCACUUUUAAAAGUGCUGCCAUCAUGCACGGAGUUGUGUUUGUGUGUGUUUAGGUAACUGGCAGAAUAAACACCUCCACCGUGCAUGUGAAAUGUCUUAAUGGUCUCUAGUUAGUCGACUCACUGCAGCGUGGAGACGUUGCUGUCCGUCACAAUGUUGUCACUGUACACCCCGUGUAUGUUUAGGCACAGAGGGAGGGAUUUAGGGAAGUUUGUUGCUAUUUAUUUGAAGUUUACAACCACUUUUCCAAAGGGAUUGUUUUGUUUUAAGUGUCUCUGCAUUAACGUGCGUUUGUAGCUUCAGACUUUGACUGAAACGUUGCCUAGCUGAUGCUUUUCCAAACAUGUGCUUGUCAAGAUAAGUUUGUUUUCCAAAAGAGUGAAGCCAAGAGAGUCCUGUUUGUAAAAAUGUGAUUUAUGUAGGGUUUUUUCUUCUUUUUAAUCCCUGACCAGGGUUAUUUAUGAAUUGACGGUUUUUGUUUGAAAGCUGAUAUUUACAAAAAAAAAUAUGUGAACGCACUGGUGUGUGUGUCUGUGUCUGAGAGGCCUUCGCUGUGACUGCAUGCACGUGUGUGUGUGUGUCUCCUCAUCCUGACGUUACUAUUUGUAUAUGUGUGUGUUUUAGAGGGUUCGGGGGGGGCGGGGGGGGGGUUGGUCGAAUGUCUAUGACUCAGUCCAACCUGUGCUGGUUUCCGCUCCAUGUACGGUGAAACACUGCCUCUCCUCCUCCGCCUCCUCCUUCUGCUCUGCGUCUCUGUUCCACUGACAAAAACUCAACUGUGGAUGAAUUUACUCUAAACUAAUAAUUUGAAGCUUCAUUUUAUUUUUUGUAAGCAUUAUUUUAAACUUAUUUGAGCGACAGCUUUUGGUUCUUGCACAUUUGUUACUGUGCCAUAGACGACAUCAGCCCACGUGCACGUGUACGUGCACUGUAGAUGCGCGGGGCGUUUGGAUCGCACCACUUUGUUUGCUUAAAAGAUUUGUCCCUUCAGUUAAAGCAAUGGUUUGAUAGGGUUUGUUUGUUCAAUACAGAGUGAGUGGUCGUUAAGGAGGCUCGUCUGGGUUCAUGCCCGUUGACUCCUGAUGGUGGUGCAGCUACAUGUUUGGGUGGAGACGUUGGGUGACGUAGUGACUACACUCGCAGGGAUUUUCUGGCAAGUAAGUGACAAUAGAUGCUGGCGGUUUUCUCUCAUUUCAUGAGAUUAGCUGGGUCGCUAUUCGCUGGAGGGACGAGAAGUUCAGUUUGUUUGUACCUUCCACUGUUGUCCGAUAACUGCAACCAUCGGCCACCGCAGGGGACUUUAAACAAACAUGAGCCGCUGCAUCACAGCCAAUAGUGCGUGUUUACUCACUGCGUUCUGAUGGAGGGGAACCAACACAUGCCACACAAACACUAGUGUGGCUUUUGGCGCUGAUUUAAAAACAUUGAAAUUAAAGACGUGAAGAAGUGAAAAUGUUCUUUGUAGCCUUGCUGAGUUUUCUUUAGGUACAUUUUGUUUUUUAGAGUUUUUUUUUGUUGUUGACAUUUUUGUGAUGAGUGGCUCAAAUAGGUUUUUUUUUCACCAUCUUUUUUUGUUUACACUUUAUUUUGUGGUGGA